AUAUUUUUUCUCCAGUCUAUAUAAACUGAAGUGAUUUGGCCGAAAGCGUGGAUUGCAGCAAUCAUGCUUGCUAUAAUUCUUAUCGCGAUUUUUUUGAUUAAUGCUACGACAGAAGACUGUCUAAAAUGCAUAUGCAAACGCGAGUCCGGUUGUAAGCCAAUAGGAUGCCAUAUGGAUGUUGGAUCACUUUCGUGUGGUUACUAUCAGAUCAAGCUCGACUACUACAAGGACUGUGGAACUCCCGGACGCAAGAAGGGUGAGUCUGUGACCAAGGCUUGGAAGAGGUGUGCGAACAACUAUAAUUGCUCAACUAAAUGCGUCAAAGCGUACUACAACCGUUACAAGGGAUUGUGCCCUUCGAGUCAAGGAGCAUGUCAGAAAAUGGCGCGACUGCAUAAUGGAGGUCCAUCUGGAUGCAAGAUAAAGGCCACAGUUGGAUAUUGGAAAGCCGUAAAGAAGUGUUGCACAUGCAAGUGAACAAACAUUAUGCAUUUCAAUAAUGUGCACGGUUAUUGAAAUUUGGGAGAUACAAUAAAUGAUU